AGGAAGAGGAAAUGAGCGUCCUCUGACAGUACACGAGCUAGGAUUCCAUCCUCCAGGAGAUCGCUCAUCAUGGCGCCGGACACGGAACUGCUGGUGUUCGCUAACUGGAGCACUCUGCUAGUGUGUAUGGUGCUGAAAUUCCCCCAGAUCCUGUCUGUCAUGAAAGCCCGGAGUGCGGAGGGGCUGAGCCUGGGGAGUGUGCUGCUGGAAGUGACCGGAUUUCUUGUAUUUCUACGAUACCAGAUGUACUAUGACUACCCAAUGCAAACCUACCUGGAGUAUCCAAUGCUCAUAGCACAAGAUGUUGUUCUUUUGUUGUUUGUCUUCUACUACACUGGAAGCAUGCAAAAUGCCCUGACUUACUCCGGCAUCUUUUUUGCACUCUGGAAUGUUUUGGUCCUCCAGAAAUGGAUAAUAGACUUGGCACUGAAUCUGUGCACAGUGAUCAGCGCCUCAAGCAAGUUUCUCCAACUGCAACAUCUCUGGCGUGCAAAAGACUCUGGACAAGCUAGCGCCCUCACAUGGGCCAUGGCGACCUAUACCUCUGCUACAAGAAUAUUUACAACAUUGGUGACCACAGGAGACAAAGCAGUUUUGCUGCGGUUUAUCGUGCUGCUAAUCCUCAAUUUCUGGGUCACCCUGGUGAUUGUAAAAUACAGGAAGAAAGAAGACCAGAAGGACACCAAGAAAAAAGACUAGCAUCUCCUGCAUCACCUCACACAUGGGGGAAACAUUCCCGGGGUAUUCCUGCACAGCAAGGCAGCAGAAAAAAGGUCAUGUAUAUUUUGGACAAAAAUGGGCAGUUUUAUAUAUUUUUUGAUCUACUGUAUCUUGCUGCAAGAGGAAAUGUUAUAUUUUUUGGUAAAAGGUUAUGUAUAUUUUGUUUAAAAAUGGAGCGUUUGUAUAUUUUUGCUUUUUUAAACUAACUAGGAGUACAAGAGGAAAAAGUUAAAAAUGGUGAUUUUUGCUCUUAAGAAAAGAAAGCUUUUAAACCUGAAUAAAGUGGUGUAUUUUUUCUCAGUAAAA